AUGGCAGUUGAUCUGAGUUCCUACCGGGACCAGCACUUCAAGGGGAGCCGUGCGGAGCAGGAACGCCUGCUCCGCAUGAGCUCGACGCUCUACAUCGGCAACAUGUCCUUCUACACGACGGAAGAGCAGAUCUACGAACUCUUCUCCAAGUGCGGCGAUGUCAAGAAAGUCGUCAUGGGCCUGGACCGUUACCACAAGACUCCGUGCGGCUUCUGCUUCGUCGAGUACUACACCCGCGCCGACGCCGAGAACGCCAUGCGCUACAUCAACGGCACAAAACUGGACGACCGCAUCAUUCGUACCGAUUGGGACGCCGGAUUCAUCGAGGGACGCCAAUUCGGUCGCGGCAAGAGCGGCGGACAGGUUCGCGACGAAUACCGAACGGACUACGACAGUGGUCGGGGAGGCUACGGCAAGUUGUUGGCCCAGCGCGUAAUACCGCCUGCUGCACCUGUUGUUUAGCUGUCGAGAAAGCUGCGUCCGUCUGUGUGAACUAACCGUUGGACACUGGGUGGUUGCACGCGUAUGCGGGACGUUUCACCUGAUGUGUUUUGCGAGAUCGCGGGAUGGCGGGCUCAUUUUGCGGGGGGUUUCUCUUGGUUACCGACGAACCUUGUGGUUUUCUCACAAAGCGCGCCUUCACACCUAGUGUGUUGCCCCUGCCGUCCCGUUCUGAUAAGCCAGAAAGUGCUUUGUUCAUCUCCACUCCUUGUUUUUGUAUCUGUCAUGCGUGCUGGGAACAGGUGUGAGGGUCUUCAGCAUUUUCCUAAUAAAUGCCCCUGCAACAUGAGCAAAACUAAUGUCAUUUCCAAAAGAACGACAUUCGCUACGAAUGUCCUUCGUUAAUUGGUACUUGCAAAAACAAAACAAAAAAAAAAAGCCUUCAAAAAAGUUCCAGCAGUAAAUUUUGGACCAAUGUAUAGAUGAUGUCCGAGCAUUAAGGAUACAUAAGAACCUUGGACUAAGACAAAAGUUGGAUCAGCUGUAGUGUACUUAAUGGUGAAAGUUGUGCAGGACUAUCACAAGUGAAACCUGCUGGUGGUCACUUGUUUGCUGUAGCAUCAUGGUGCCGUGAGUUUUGCCGGGUGACUUCAGAUGCGAUUGGAAUGCGGAAGCCUCCAGAGUCAUGACUCCAGUGAUUCCCUCUGCUCCUUUGACUGUAACAGUGCUGAUUUGGGCAGAAUGGUACACAUGUUGCAAACGUGAGGAAAUGGCACAAGAACUGUAUGAAUCAACUGUACAAAUGUCUUCAGACUAGUUUACAUCGAUGGCAGAUUAUGAAAUAAAGCUUCACCAGUUCAUUCUCA